AUGUCUGUCUUUCCAAGCGACUCGCCAAACACAACUUCAGACACAAUCACAUUCUCCUCAACGACCGUCCCGUACCCAACACAGAAACCGUUGCCUCCUGCUGCAUCGUAUUCCAUGACCGUACCACCACAGUCACCACACACUAUCGAUAUCGCUACCAGUGUACCAGUAAAAACGCUCUGGGGUGGUGUUUUUGCGAUGUUUCUCGUCAACAUCCAUCUUUUUGCAUCCUUUGGCCUCUCAGUGAAGCCCGCUGAGACAAUGAACGUUCAAUCCGCCCAUUCAUUCGCUUUCCAAGUAAUCCUCUGUGCGACUAUUCAAGGGCGACCCACCUCGUUCUUGUCUCUGACUGGUCCAACACCAGUGCUAGCCGAUUGCAUAUUUGACGAAAGUUCGGCAUGGAUCGUGGAAGUCUGCAAACCUGGUAACUUGCUGAGCUGUUGUGCAAAACCUUCCAUCCCGUCGGAUCUUAAACUCGGUUCCAUGAGCCACCAUGUGGUAGGCUUCAGUGAUUCCGUGACAUCGCCUUGUCGUCCGAAUGCUUAUGAGUUCCCAAUAAUUUUCGCAUUCAUCGUGACUGUAGCUUGCCCCGGUAGUGAAGAGUUCCCUUGCGACAUUGAACAGAGCGAGUCCAUCUAUGUGCACUCCGAGUGA